AUGCUUUUAGUUGAUCAGAGUGCUGCAAGAAGUGGUGUAACCAGUGAAAAUCCUAAAAUUCUAUGUAAUGUUGAAGUACAAGAAAAAACAGUUGAUCACAGUGGUGUAACCAGUGAAAAUUCAAAAGUACUGAAUAACAUAGAAGUAAAACAUACAACAGUGUUGGAUUUUGGCAAUGAUCCUGCUAUAUUUAGCCAUGUACAAGAUUUAAACACUGAAAUAAUUGAUCAUAUUUUCAAACUUGGACCGUCACAACCAACAGCACAUGAAAUGCCAAAUAAAUGUUUCAAAAAGGACUCACUUGGUAGAUCUUUUCACGACAGCUGGUAUUGGAAAAAAUUGCCCAGUGGUGAAAUUAUACGAAGAAAAUGGAUGACAUAUUCAAAAACUGAAAACAAACUAUACUGUUUUCAUUGUGCAUUAUUUGGGAAGAAUAAUAAAAUAAAUUGGUCUCGUGAAGGUUUCAAUAAUUGGAAAAACGGAUUACCAAAAGUCAUUAUUCAUGAAACAUCAGAAGCUCACAUUAUGUCUUCUAUAAAAGUAGCAUACAAAGAAGCAUCAUUUCCAAUUAUACAAUCAAUAGAUGAAAAAAAUAACUUGGAUAAAGUAUUAAACAAAGAAAUUGUACGUCACUUAAUCGACAUAACUUUAUACCUUGGUAGACAUUGCUUACCGUUUCGUGGUCAUAAAGAGGGAUGGAAUGAACAACUUAUGGGUAAUUUUAAAGAUUUAGCAGUAUUGUUGGCUAAAUACUCCCCCGCAUUGUCUUCUUAUAUCUUCAAAAUAUUUUAA